AUCAGCUCUCUGCAAUGAUAUGUCAUAAUAAAAAUAGUUUAAUAGUCAACAAAUCAUGAAGGUUUUAGCGUUGAUUGUGUGUGUUUCUGUCUUUUGCGGCUUGGUUACUGGAACUGCAAUUAAUAGAGACCUCCACAAAGAAUGCCAAGCCGACAAAGCAACCCAUUUGGACGAAAAUAUUAUGAAGGCACUUGACGAAGGAGAAAUUACCGACAGAGCUAAAGUAGGCGCUCAUUUACUUUGUAUAUCUACUAAGGCUGGUGUUAUAAACCAAGAUGGCAGUAUCAACAAAAACAUGGUUAAAGAGAAAUUUUCCAGAUACUACUCUGAUGCAGCAGAACUGGAGAGAAUUACUAACAAAUGUUCCCAACAAGGGACAACACCUGUUGAAACUGCUCUGAAACUGGCAGAGUGUAUUAACGAGUAUUCUUUAGAACAAUAAUUAAGUAAUCCUCUUCUUGUACCAAUGCUUUCAAUUUACAUUUUAAACAAUUAUAUGUAUAUUUUUAUAAAACAUAUAACUCAAAAUAAAAAAUUACAAAACCUAA